AUGGGAACUGAAGUCCAGAAAACCGACCGGGUUGUCGUUUUCUGGGAUUGGGGUGAGUCUCCAGUUCAAGACAAAUUCCUCGCUGAGACUUUGGACACAGAGAGCAUUGGUAUCGGUCGCCGAAGGGCGGACCUAUCGAGUGAAUUGAUAUCAACAGUUCACGACAUAGCAAAGAAGUUUGGACCCGUCGUGUCUGUCCAGGCAUACCUUUCCGUGAGUAGUGUCCCCGAGGACACUAGGAAAUUGCUACUGGAUUCCGGGGUGACUUUGAGAGAUUGCCCUCGCUCGAAAAGCGAAAUUGCGGGCAAAAAGAUAAUAACGGAUAUUUUACUCUACGCAUUCGAUGGAUGGAGGAACAACUACGGGUCCAUCACAUUCGUCCUCGUCACUGGAGACCCGGGUUUCUCAUAUACGCUUUCAUUGCUGCGUGACAGGAGAUAUGGCGUCGUUGUUAUUUCCUCGAACCCCGAACCCGACCUAUUCGCGCACUCGAUCCCGAUAUACGCAUGGGCCGAUGUUGUUGAAAAGGCAGAACUAUUACGACUGCAUCGACAAACGGUACCUCACCUUGGUGUUGGGCCCGUGGCAAAGGAAACCUCUUCGAAACCUUGGUUGUUGACAAAACACCGCGCUGUAUCUGAAUCAGUGACAGCAUACCCAGAGAUAGAACCACCCCAGAGUCAACAUCCUACAAGCCUCGAGGCCGACAAUCUCAGCGAACAGCAGGCGUGGCCUUUGGUGGACGGGACGGAGGAACUGCAAGAAGUGUACGACACCUUGCACGAGGACGACGUUGGCAGUGCGACCAAAGACUUCGAGGCGGAGGAUGCAGUUGAGUUUACCGUUUCCGAAGAGGAAGAGCCUGUCGACUAUGCCAACCCAAGUGAUUGGGAGAUCCGUGGCGGUCAUCUCGGGACAUCUGUGGAGGGUGAGGAGGGGCACGAAGAGGUGUACACCGGCGACGAAGAGGUGUACGCCGGCGACGAAGAGGUGUACACCGGCGACGAAGAGGUGUACACCGGCGACGAAGACGUAUACAUCGAAUACAUCGAGGACGAAGAUGUAUACAAUGGAAACCAAGAUGUAUACACCGGCGAAGGAGAAGAAGAACACGACCACGAGGCCCACGAUGUCAAGAAAGAUCAAUGCAACGACGACUACGUGGAACAUGCCGUCGGGGAAGACAGGUACAACGAGGACCAUGGGGAACAUGACGGUGAAGAAGACCAGCAUGUCAACGAAGCUGGAGUACAUGAUGUUGAAGGAGAUGGCUAUGAAGACGUGUAUGGGGUACUACAUGGCGACGAUGGAGGUGAAUACGACGACUCCGGAGUCUACACCGCACCCGAAGAGGUCCCUGAGGAAGUGGCCGUAGACCCUGAAGACUUUUCAUCUCAGGAGGAAUCCUGGAAGGAGUAUGCAGAUGUUGGUGAUUACGAGGAGCCCAGCGAGGGGGGUGUGUCUCCUGAAAAUGACACUCUCAACUACGAGCUCGAGGACUCCCAGCGUCUUUUUGCAGAUGGGGCCAGUUUCUCCCGGGCUGCAGAAGAGGAUAUCGACUACGGUGUAAAUGAAGCUAACGCUUACGAUGACGCCUCCACGGAAGAAUCAGUGGGGCGGCCUGAGCCCAGCCCUCUAGAUGCCAAAACCGAAACAACCCCGGCAGAAUUUCCUGACGCCUUUCGCAGUGCAAAGCGAAGGCGAACAGAAUAUUGA